AUGGCUGCCUUGGACGCACCCAACAAUCCCCCCCACCCGGCUGCCCUGGGUCAGGCAAUUGCACCACUCCUUAUUAUUAGUCAUGACCUCAAAGCUGCCAGUGUGGCCGCAUCGAGCUGGUACGUGGCAGCAUACAGCCUGACAGUGGGAACAUUUAUUUUGAUUGCUGGGAGGUUUGGAGAUGCCUAUGGCCACCGACUGAUGAUCCUCAUUGGCUAUGUUUGGUUCGGGUUAUGGUCGCUAGCAUGUGGCUUUGGUGUUUACUCCGGAAAUGUGCUUUUCAUUAUCUUCCGCGCUUUCCAAGGAAUUGGGCCCGCUAUGCUCCUCCCAAAUUCCCUCGCUGUCCUUGCGCAUAUGUUUCCACCGGGGCUGAAGAGGAACAUCUCUUUCAGUCUAUUUGCAGCUGCCGCCCCCAACGGGUACCUUCUGGGCUGUCUCUUUUCCAGCAUCUUUGCCCAGCUUGUCUGGUGGCCUUGGGCCUAUUGGGUUCUCGGGGCCGUCUGCUUUGCUGCUGCUUUGCUGGCCCUGAUUGUCAUCCCACCCCAGGCGUCGGAUAUGCAACCUAGACCCGGCCUAGAGCAGAUGGACCUUUUUGGUGCUUUCUGCGGGGUCAUAGGGUUGAUUCUCGUGAAUUUCGCAUGGAAUCAAGGUGCAGUUGUGGGCUGGUCCACGCCAUACACAUAUGCACUCCUUAUCGUGGGGCUUGCGUUCCUGCUCCUCUUUGCCUGGCUGGAAACACGGAGCUCUCAUCCAGUCUUGCCUACACAGACUCUUAAUUUAGACACCAUCUUCGUGCUGACAUGCAUCUCAUGUGGCUGGGCUAGCUUUGGGAUCUGGCUGUUCUAUGCAUGGCAGGUAUCUGAACGAAUCCUCGGAUAUACUCCGCUCAGUGUCGUCGCACAGUUUACCCCCGUGGGCAUCUCAGGUAUCCUUGCGGCUUUUUCGGUUGCCUACCUGAUUGGACGACUCAAGCCAUACUACAUCAUGCCCAUGUCGAUGCUUUCGUUCUUGUUAGGCUCCGUCUUGUUCGCCACGGCGCCGGUGCAGCAAGUCUACUGGGCCCAGGCCUUUGUAUCGAUCAUCAUCAUGCCAUGGGGAAUGGAUCUGUCCUAUCCGUCCGGCACAAUCCUGCUGAGUGCUGCAACGCCACAUCAGAAUCAAGGCAUUGCCGCUUCUUUGAUGAAUACAGUUGUCAACUAUUCUAUAUCCAUAGGCUUGGGAAUUGCUGGAACUGUUGAGUCCAAUCUGAGCUCCUCAGGUCAUAGCGUUCUUGAAAGUAUUCGCGGGGCACAAUAUCUGGGCAUCGGUCUUGCUGGAAUGGGGCUGUGUAUCUCCAUCGUCUAUCUUGUUUUGAGCAUAAGCCGCUCAAAGGCAAAGGCCCAUGGGACGGGAAGUGACAGGGAUUGCACCCCGAAGCCUAGCUCCUCGGAAAUGACGGAAGCUUAG